UCAAGGGAACCAGGCGAGGCAAGAUCCCUAAGGCGCGUCUAAGGCGGUCACUUUUCUCGCCUCAAUUGCUGCCUCAGGCGAUGGCCUAGCUUGCCUUUCAUUACUAUAUGCAUAUUUUGUGUUCCUCUGACAAUUAUCUAGUGUUUAAGGUUUUAGGAUAUACAUUGCAUAAUAUUUAUUGUUAUAUAUUACUCCGUAAUAUAUAUGCACACUCACACACAUAUGCAUGUAUGUAUUUAUGUAUGUACGUUCGCCAUUUGACCGCCCGCCUCUCACCUCAAAAAAGGUCCUCUCGUCUACCCCUCACCUCUAGCCUUUAAUAGCUCUGCCUAGAAUAGAAUAUUCUUAACAAAUAAAAUCAAAGAUCUCAGUGGAAAUUACUCUUUGGGUGCAGAAGUAUUGAUGUUAUAUCUAAUGUAGCUAAUGGAAGCCAACCUGAGAAAAAACGGGAUAAGAAGAAGAACAAGAAGACGAAGGUUGCAAAGGAUGGAGCCAGUAGUGUGAUUGACCAGGAUAAAUGUGUUGAUCAAUGCAAAAAUAUCAGUAAUGACGAUGUUGUUGAACAGAUCAAGCAAAUUAUUGAAGCAGUCGAAAUGGACACGUCUUUACUGCCAACAACUAAACAACAUGAAAGUCUGACUACUCGUAUAAACGAUGUAACUUCUGAUGUAGCUGAUGGAUUCCAAUCUGUGAAGAAACAUAGUAACAAGAAGGCCAAAGUUGGAGAUGAUGGAAUGAGUAGUGUGCCUGAGGCUGAUAGUACAAUGAAUGGAGUUCUCCCUCCAUCCCCCAAUGACAAGGGCACGGAUCCAGAGUCAGGUCAAUCUAGGAGCUUUUCAAAUGGAUUGAUAGUUGAAGACCUUGCAAAGGGUAAUCCUGAUGGAAGAGUUGCUACUACAGGAAGAAAGGUGAAAGUUCACUUUACUGGCAUGCUAUGGGAGAAUGGGCACACUUUUACCCCUUCAGGAGCUACUUUCAGAUUUUGCCUUGGUGAUAAAGGUGUACUUCCUGGAUGGAACAUUGGUAUUGAAGGUAUGCGUGUUGGCGACAAAAGGAGGCUUACCAUACCUCCACUAUUGGGUUAUGGAAGUGAAGGAUUUGGGGAGCAAAUACCGCCCAACUCGUGGUUGGUCUAUGACAUUGAGUUGGUAUCUGUCCAUCGCUGAUUUUGAAGGUGGGUUUUUGAACUUUAAACGCUUCGGAUGUUGCAUACAAGUUUGCUUUUUGGCACAUGGAAAUAUCCCUCCAAUGCGGACAACUGCAAGGUUUUUUUUUGGAAAGUUUUGUUUCGAGUUCUCUCCCUAUAAUCAAGGGAAAACAUAUCUUAUCUAUGUAAAUGAAGUUUUACGCAUUCGAAUUGCAAAAAAUGUUGUAUCAUCGUUCCUGAAGCAAACUAAAUGUAGAAGCAAUCAAAAUUGCAAAAACUUCGCACCAAUUCACACCCAAAUUGAAACCAUCCACCCACCAAUACUCAUCCGCCGUCAGGGAAGGAGCAACGACGAAGCGGCGUGGCAAAUCUCAAUCUUCUUUUCUUCGAUAAGAUAAAGGAGCAUAAAGAGUAAAGUGAACAACACAAAAAAACAGAAACAUCACAAAAGCUUUUGAAGGCAGUAAGAAUGGCCAAUGUCAGAUUACAUUAUCACGGGGAUGGAUAUCUUCUCUCUUAGGAAAACUUCAGGUUAGUGUUUCU